AGUGUCUGUGUUGUUUAGAAUCUCAUUGGCAAUCACCCACAUUCUCCUAUUUCUAAUCGUGCAUCUCAAUUGCCUAAUUAAUUUCCCGUGAAAGCUAUCACGGCGAACAUGACACAAGAAUCGCGUCGCAAUCUCGCAUAAUUUAAUUCAAAAUAUAACCGAAAUUCCAGAUUUAAUUAAACUUGCGUAACGCGAGUGCGGCACACGUCUGUAAAACUUUUACAUAACAAUUUCACAGAUGUGCAAGAUACCGCCGUCCUUGCCUUGACCAAACUGCCCCAAAUCGCAGUCGCGCCUCGACCACGGUUGAAAAUGCCGCGAAAAUGAAGACAAUCCUGUGUUUUACUGUGCUUUUCUUGUGUGCAAACUCCCAAAACCUCCUCAACGACUUCCGCCGCUUUUUCGGGGCGAGUGACGUCCGCGACACCGCGAAUUUUCGCAAAAGCUACGACUUUGUGGUCGUGGGGGCGGGCUCCGGGGGCUGCGUCGUCGCCAACCGUCUGAGCGAAAACCCCGAGUGGUCCGUCCUGUUACUGGAAGCCGGCGAUGACGAAAAUUUUUUGACCGAUGUCCCGCUAAUUGCCUCGCUUCAAACCAUCACGAGCUACAAUUGGGGCUAUAAGAGCGAAAGACUCGCGACGGCCUGUUUGGGGCUCAUCGACGGCCGCUGUAACAUGCCGAGGGGCAAAGCCCUGGGGGGCACCUCCGUGAUCAAUUUUUUGCUAUACACCAGGGGCACCAAGCAGGACUUUGACCAAUGGGCUGAGUUGGGAAACCCAGGCUGGGGGUACGACCAAGUCCUCCCCUAUUUCAUCAAAUCGGAAAAUUGCACCAAAUGCCGGGAAAUUGACGGGAAAUAUCACGGGAAAAGCGGCUACUUGAGUGUGGAACACCCGGGGUAUGAGUCACCCCUAGUCAAGCGUUUCAUAAAAUCCGGGGAAGAACUGGGUUACAAGAACAACGACCCUAGCGCCCCCUAUGGACUGGGUUUUUCCAAAGUUUUGGCAACAAUGAGGAACGGGAUGCGGUGCAGUGCCUCUAAGGCGUUCCUCAAGCCCAUUUUACACCGCACAAACUUACACGUGUCGAUUAAAACACGUGUCACCAAAAUCCUAAUCGAUCCGAGCACCAAACAAGCAUACGGCGUCCAAUUUUGGAAAAAUCGCCGAAAAUUUACCGUCCUAGCCACCAAAGAAGUGGUUUUGUCGGCCGGUUCGAUCAACAGCCCCCAUUUACUGAUGCUGUCGGGCGUGGGCCCCCGGGACGAUUUAACCCGUGUGGGAAUCCCCCUCUUGCAAAAUUUAAAAGUCGGGUAUAACCUACAGGACCAUAUGGCGAUGUCCGCACUGGUGUUUUUCGUCAAUGAGUCAAUCACUGUGUCGGACCGUGGGGUGCAAAACCCCGUUGAUAUUUUUAAUUAUGUGUUUAAUGGAAGGGGGCCCUAUACUAUACCUGGGGGGGCCGAAGCCCUGGCUUUCGUGCAGACGAAGUAUGCAAAAAUCGGGGGUUACCCCGAUAUUGAAUUGGUGUUAGGUGCCGGGGCGCUGAAUGGCGAUGUGUAUGGAAGUUUGAGGAGUCUUUUGGGGAUUCCCCGAAGUUUGUUCGAGAGGGUUUACGCCCCACAUGCGUACAAACCGGCGUUUAGUAUCGCACCGGUUUUGAUGAGGCCCAAAAGUCGAGGCAGGGUUGUGAUCAAAGAUGGGAAUCCCCUGCAUUGGCCUAAAUUAAUACCGAAUUAUUUCGAGAAUGAGGAGGAUGUCAAAACAAUGGUCGAGGGGAUCAAGAUGGCGAUUACAAUUACGCAAUCUCGACAUUUUCAAAAAUACAACAUUACAAUGAUUACGACCCCAUUUCCUGGGUGUGAAACUGUACCAUUUGGUAGCGACGAGUAUUGGGCUUGUGCCGUUCGGCACGUUGCCACCACUCUGGGGCACCAGGUUGGGACCUGCAAAAUGGGGCCCCCGAGCGAUCCCGAUGCUGUGGUCGACGAGAGAUUGAGAGUUUAUGGGAUUAAAGGGUUAAGGGUGGUCGAUGGGUCCAUCAUGCCCAAUGUGGUGGCCGGACAUACCAAUGCUGUGAUAAUGAUGAUUGGGGAGAAGGCUUCAGACAUGAUCAAGCAAGAGUGGGCAAGAAAGUGACUAGAACCGGUUUUUGGUGCAUAAAGUACGGGUUUGUUGAUUGUAUAAGACUGUAAUUAAAUAAAAGCGAUUUUCUAUUGA